CGGGGUAUAAAACCUGUGGGCGCUGGUUCAAGUGCAUCAGUCCAUUGUGGAGCGCGCUGCCCCGCCUCCGACGCGCACCUCAAGAUUCCUUUGAAGUCCCCACCCCCACGAUGAAGGCCUUCUGUGUGGCGCUGUGCGUGCUGCUCGCCCUGGAGGCCGCGUGGUGUCAUCCUGCGUCUGAGAAGGAGAUGGAGGUCCUGAGGAAGUGCGCCGCGGAGAACAGUGUUAAGUACGACGACCUCAAAGCCUUCCUAGACGACAAGGACGUUACCAAGGACGCGAAAUGCUUCAUGAAGUGCACGAUGUUGGCCUUCGGGACGCUCAGCGAAGACGGCACCAUCCAAGCUGACGACCAUUUUAAGGAAUCUGGUCACGAAGAGCUCGCGGCCAUCGCCGCGGCGUGUACGAAGAUCGAGAAGAACGACGAUCUAUGCGAGUUAGCCCACCAGCAUGGCUUACGCAUGCUCAAACAGGAUGCCGAUGGCAAGAUGAAGGAGCACAUGCUGGAGACUUUGGAGAACUUGUAGACACCCGACAGCCCAGCCUGCCCGUCAGAGAAGAGGACUGUCGGCCUGGCAGCCGGCUCCACCUGCUCCGCAACGUCUCCGUGGCCUCGCCGGUGCAUUUGGACUUCUGAUUUAUUUAUCAUGUCCCAUCGACUAAUAUUUAGGAAUAAUAAAAUACCAAUGGAGCAGACUUGGAA